UGCUAUCAGAGCCUUCUCCAUUUUGGUCCAAACAGGUUUGAAACUCUGCAGUCUGCUCCACUCACAGUUGCAAUACACAAAACCCUGCUUCCUUCGUAGACAUUCGCGAAAUCUUUUGCGUCUGUAUUAUAUGAAUAUCUAUCUCGACCUAUUUUCAGUUUAUUUUCUUGGUUCGCUUCUCGAGUGAAUUAGUGAAAGCUACUAAGCUUGGUUGCUUAGGGUGAUUUAUGGCUGCAUCUUUGACGACUUCGGUUGUUUUCCAUGUACCGACCCUUGGGCUCUCUGAAUACUAUCAUACCCGCAUACAUAUUUCAAGAUUUUCUGAAUUUCUUAGUUCAGACAUUACAUCGAACAGUUGGAGUGCGAAACGGAAAGUAGUGUCUUCCUGCCGUAAUUCUAGAAGUACUAGACUUGACAGGGAUGUACCCAAGGUUUCAAUAGCAUACGGAUCGGUUCUUAAUGAACAUCCCAUGUGGGACGAUGGAGAAGAAGACGUUGACGAUGUUAGUAUGGCUUCUUCCCUUGUUUCUGAGAACAGACUGCAGUUUUUAGAGGAAAGGGAUGAAAAGAAUCUGUCAUGGCGCCUUUUGAAGCUGAGCAGAGCAGAUAAGGUUAGAAGCGCACUGGAGCUUUACGCCUCCAUGGAUUUCAUGGGUCUAAGACCUGAAUCACAUGCCUUCAAUGCUCUUCUCUCGUGUUUGUUGAGGAAGGAAGAGCUUGAUGAUGCUCUUCAAGUCUUUGAAUCCAUGAGAUCAAGUGGGCGAACAAGUGGACAUAGCUACAACUUAAUCUUACAAGGAGUUGCAAAAGCUAGAGGCUUUGAAGCCGCGUUUCAAAUGUUUCAGGAGCUCAUAGACGAUAAAGAAGAAACAAUAAAAGCCGACCAAGUUUUGUUCAACAUGAUGCUGACAUUAUGUCGUGAUGAAAAAGAUUGGAUUAAAAGCGAAUGGAUUUGGAGGAAGAUGAAGGAGAAUGAUUGUGUAGGAAACUCAGUAACAUAUCGGUUGUUAGUCACCAUGUUUCUAGGGUUUUGUCAGUAUGGAUUAGCAGUUGAAGCGUAUCUUGAAAUGGUUCAAAACGAGGUUGAACCAGAUACCCGCACCAUGGAAGCUGCAGUAAUGUCGUUUGUGAAAGAUGGGAGAUGGGAUUUUGCGUUAAGUGUUUUUCGUGAUAUGAUGAAAAGAAAAGAGAAUCCAAACAUCAUCGUAUUCAAUGCAUUGAUUCAUUCACUUGGGAACAAUGGUCAGGUGAAUCUUGCAUUUAAAGUGUAUGAUUGCAUGAGAUGUUUAGGGCAUGUUCCUACAUCAUACACUUGGAAUGCACUUCUCAUUGCUUUAUGUAGAGCGGAUCAAUACAGUGAUGCACUUGAGUUAUUUGAGAAAAUCCAGCAAGAAUCCCCAUCUGAGUUGGGAUUGCAUUUAUACAAUACUGCAUUAACAGCCUGCAACAAGCUUGGAUCUUGGAGAAGAGGGUUGCAGAUACUAUGGGAGAUGGAGGAUUUGGGAUUGGAGAUUCCUGUUACAUCAUAUUGUCGUGUGAUUGGAGCUUGUGAGGUUGGAAAUGAGCCAAAAGUUGCAUUGCAGGUAUACCAACACAUGGUUCAUAAAAAACACAAUCCCGACACUUUAACUUUGUUGUCACUGAUUAGAUCUUGCAUAUGGGGUUCCCUUUAUGAUGAAGUGCAUGAAAUCUUGAAACUUGUUCCUCCAAAUGCACAUCUUUACAAUGCUGCUGUUCAGGGAUUUUGUUUGAGAGAAAAGACAGAAUCUGCCACUAAGUUGUAUCAGGAAAUGCGUGAACUUGGGCUUUCAGCUGAUCAUAAGACACGAGCAAUGAUGCUGCAAUUCUUACCAAAAAUCUAAUCCCAUGAAUGUAUUUGUAUUAGUGAAGCACAAGAUUGAUGUUGAAAUUAUUUAUCAUUGUAUAGAUUUAUGUAGAUGAUGUUACAAUUAA